AUGGGUGCCGAGGAGCAGGCCCCGCAAGCGGCGGCAGGCCUGCCGCCACGCCAGCCCUCGCGCCACGCCUCGCGCCAGGCCUCGCGGCGGCACGGCUCGCCGCUGGGCGGCGCGAGCCCCUGCCCUGCCGACCAUGCAGACAAGGCCGCGAUCCAGAAGCUGCGCUCCUUCACCCUGGUGGAGCCAGACGGCAGUGCCACCGUGGUUGAUGCCAAGAAGCUGGGCCGGGCGCAGAGCCGGGCCCUGCUGGAUGCGGUUAUGCCAGACCCAGACGCCGACAACGUCGCCGUCCUGCGCCGCAUCCAGGCUCGCCUGGCCAGGGUGGGCAUGGCCCCCCCCUCCAUCGAGGUGCGGUACCAGGACCUGUGCGUGGAGACGACGGCGGCGGUGGGAGACAAGCAGAUCCCCACCGUCUUGCGCGCCGUCAAGGGCGUGCUCAAGGGCCUGGUGGGCGCCUCUGGCCGCCGCCCGCUGCGCAUCAUGGACGGCGCCAGCGGGGUGCUGCGCCCCGGCCGCUUCACGCUGCUGCUGGCGCCUCCCGGCUCGGGCAAGACCACCCUGCUGCGCGCGCUGAGUGGGCGGUUACGCGAGCAGGCGGACCUGUCGGUGGGCGGUACCAUCCUGUACAACGGCCACCCCUUCUCCAGCUUCGUCCCGGAGCGCUCCGCCGCCUACAUCUCCCAGGUGGACCUGCACUACCCGGAGCUGACAGUGCGCGAGGCGUUUGAGUUUGCCGCAGAGUGCCAGAGCCGGAGCUACGAGCGGGGCGUGCUGCUGCAGCUGGCGGCUCGCGAGGAGGCGCUGGGCAUCGUGCCCGACCCCGAGCUGGACGCCUUCAUGAAGGCGCACGCCUUUGGCGGCUCCCACAGCCUGGCGGUGGAGCUGAUGCUGCACAUGCUGGGCCUGCAGGGCUGCGCAGACACGGUGGUGGGCAAUGAGAUGAUGCGCGGGAUCAGCGGCGGCCAGAAGAAGCGCGUGACGUCUGGCGAGGCGCUGGUGGGCCACGCCAAGGCGCUGUACGCCGACGAGAUCUCCACCGGCCUCGACUCCAACACCACACACACCAUCGCCAAGAGCCUGCGCAACAUCUGCCACGUCAUGAACAGCACCAUGCUGGUGGCCCUGCUGCAGCCCGCCCCCGAGACAUUCGACCUGUUUGACGACGUCAUGCUGCUGGCCAGCGGCAUGGUCGUUGGCGCGCUUGGGGGCGGGGAUGAUGGCGGCACCGUGGAGAUGCACCUGAUCACCCAGCGCCUGCCCGUGUUCUGGAAGCAGCGGGAGAUGAGGUUCUACCCGGGCUGGUGCUUUGCGGUGCCCGCCUUUGUGUUCCGCCUGCCGUACGCGCUGCUGGACGCCACGCUGUGGUCGCUCAUCACGUACUGGGCCGUGGGCUUCGACAACUCCUGGCGCUUCCUCAUCUUCUGGCUCUUCCUGUUCCUCACCUGCGCCUGGGCCACCUCUCUGUUCCAGGCCAUUGCCUGCGUGUGCCGCACCGACACCGUCUCCUCGGCCGUGGGUUCUUUCUUCCUGCUCGUCUUCAUGGCCACCGGCGGCUUCAUCGUCACCAAGGGUUCCAUCCCGCCCUGGUGGAUCGCCGCGUACUGGAGCAACCCCUGGGCCUACAUCACCCAGGCCCUGGCUGUCAACGAGUUCACGGGCGCCUCCUGGGCCGUGCCAGACCCCAGCGACCCAGACUCUGGCCUCACCCUGGGGGAGACGAUCCUCGUCUUCCGCGGCUUUGGCACCGAGUACUACUGGGUGUGGAUUGGGCUGGGCGCGGUGCUGGCUUCCAUCGUCAUCAACGUCGUCGUCUUUGUGCUGGCCGCCACCUUCAUGAAGGGCCCCAAGAGCAAGCCGGUGAUCAGCCAGGAGGCGAUGGAGGAGCUGGACAUGAACCGGGCGCGGGAGGAGCCGCACAGCCUGCCCGCGUCGGUGGUCAAGGACAUCGAGGCCGGCGCCAAGCGCUCCGCGUCCCACAAGGCGCUUUCCAGCCUGGCCAGCCUGGCCCACGCUCCGCUGGCGGUGGUGGAGUUGGAGCUGGCGGAGGGCGGCGCCAAGCUGGCGGGCGGCAAGGAGAUGCGGCUGACCGCCGCCUCCCCCAAGGGCAGCGCCGCCGUCACGCCCGUGCUGCCCGGCGCCGGCAGCCUGGGCCCCGCCGCCACCGUGGAGAGCAGCGUGCGGAGCAAGAUGCCCUUUGAGCCGCUGUCUGUCAGCUUCAAGGACAUCUGCUACGACGUGCCGCGCCCCAAGAGCGCGCUCAAGGAGGCGGCCCUGGACGACGAGGUGGGGGAGGGCACGCUGCGCCUGCUGCGCCACGUCGACGGCGCCUUCCGCCCCGGCGUGCUGUCCGCCCUGAUGGGAGCCUCGGGCGCAGGUAAGUCUACGCUCUUGGAUGUGCUGGCCGGGCGAAAGACGGGGGGCACCAUCAGCGGCGAGGUGCGCGUCAACGGCUUCCCCAAGAGCCAGCGCACGUUUGCGCGGGUGGCGGGGUAUGUGGAGCAGGAGGACGUGCACCUGCCUCAGGCCACUGUGGGCGAGGCGCUGGCCUUCUCCGCCACGCUGCGCCUGCCCUCCACCGUGGACAAGCAGACGCGGGAGGACUUCAUCCAGGAGAUCCUGGAGCUGACUGAGCUGGACCGGCUGCGCAACGCGCACAUCGGCGUGCUGGGCGUCAGCGGGUUCAGCGCCUUUGACGAGCUGCUGGUGCUCAAGCCGGGAGGCGUGUGCGUCUACUUUGGCCCCCUGGGCUAUGAGUCGAACCAACUUGUCGACUAUUUUUCAUCCAUCCCCGGGGUGGCGCCCAUGCCUCCCAGGCACAACCCCGCCAACUGGAUGCUGGAGCAGACGUCCCCCGCCUUUGAGAACAAGCUGGGCAUCGACUUUGGGGAGGCGGAGAUGGCGGCGAUUGUGGAUGCGGCGCACGAGCCCGCCCCCGGUGCCAGGGACCUCACGGUGGCUGAGCUCAACGUGCGGGGCCCCUUCUUCCAGUACGCGCGCCUGUUCCAGAUGUACAACCGCCUGCCCGACUACCAGCUGGUGCGCCUGGCGGUCACGCUGCUGGUGGGCGUCGUCUUUGGCUCGCUGGCGUGGGGCACCGGAUCCGACACGAGCAGCCUGAGCGGCGUGCUGAACAUCGCGGGCAUGCUGUUUGCCUCCUCCCUGUUUGUGGGCUUCACCAACGCCAUGACCGUGCAGUCGGCGGUGGAGGUGCAGAGGAAUGUGUAUUACCGGGAGCAUGCGGCGGGCAUGUACGGCCCGCUGCCCAUGGCCAUUGCCCAGGGCAACGUCGAGAUCCCAUACAUCGUGGGCCAGACUGCCGUCUACUCGUGCAUAGUGUACUGGAUGGUCGGCUUUGCGGCCGAGGCAUCCAAGUUCUUCUGGUUCCUCUUCAUCUUUGGCAUCACGCUCAGCAUGUUCACCGCCUAUGGAAUGAUGUGCAUCAACCUGACCCCCGACAAGGGGCUGGCCAACCUGCUCAUGUCCUUCUUCUUCGGCUUCUGGAACCUGCUGUGCGGCUUCCUCAUCCCACAGGCCUCCAUCCCAGGCUACUGGAUCUGGAUGUACUGGGCCAACCCGCUGGCCUACACGCUCUACGGCCUGAUCGUGACGCAGCUGGGCAACCUGUGGGACACGACCGUGGAGUUCAACGGCGACCAGAUCCCCAUCCCUCAGCUGCUGGAGGAACGGUUUGGGUACAAGUACUCCAUGCGCUGGCCCGUCACCAUGAUCCUCCUCGCAUUCCUCGUCGUCUUCCGCGUCGCCUCCAUCCUCGCCCUCAAGCUGCUCAACUUCCAAAACCGCUGA